AUGGAAAAGCAUAUGGCGAUUAUAUUCCUGUUUUUCCAUGCCCAGCUCACAUUAUGGACGAGUUCAGCGACGCAAACCAACCAGACAGAUCGGCUCGCUUUAAUCUACUUCAAAGACAGUGUGGAUGAGGAUUCGCUCGAAGUUCUGAGCUCAUGGAAUGACUCUUCUCAUCACUGUGAGUGGCCAGGUAUUGUAUGCGGUGGACGGCAUCCCAAAAGGGUCACGUCCCUCAACCUGAUGUCAAAAGGCUUGGGCGGUCUUCUAUCGCCUCAUGUCGGAAACCUCUCUUUCCUUAGAAGUCUUGUUCUACAGAACAACAGCUUUCAUGGCAAAAUUCCGCAAAGCAUUGGCCACUUGUUUCGCCUGCGCCAUCUCGUUCUUAGUAACAACUCUUUCAGCGGACAAAUGCCCACAAAUCUUUCUCAGUGCUCAAACCUUGAGGUUUUGAAUCUCAUUGAUAACCAACUUGUGGGUAAAAUUCCCGAUGAGCUUGGUUCUUUGUCAAAGCUUCAAGCUUUAUUUUUGGCUAAAAACAAUCUUACAGGAUCUAUUCCUCAUUCUAUUGGAAAUCUCUCUCAACUUUUCUCUCUUUCCGUCAUACGUAAUGGGCUACAAGGAGAGAUUCCCAGGAAAUUGUCCAAGCUUCGUGGUUUGAUGAAUGUUCAACUGGCAUUUAACCAACUCACUGGCAAGAUCCCACUAGCAAUCUUCAACAUGUCCAACAUUAUCUAUUUUUGCGCCAGUGACAAUCAAUUGAGAGGGAGCAUUCCCCCUAAUUUCGGUGAUACUCUUCCUUCUCUCAGUUAUCUUGAUUUUUCUAGAAAUAUGUUUAUUGGCGUUAUACCCCUGUCCUUAUCGAAUGCCUCCAACCUUCAGUACAUCUCCUUUGACCAUAACGGUUUUCAUGGACCGAUGCCUGCAAAUCUUGGAAGGCUAAAAGCUCUUGAAGGAAUGUUUCUUAUGUCUAACCAGUUGCGAGAUGACUUUAGUUUUAUUACCUCAUUGACUAAUUGUUCAAUGCUGGAAAUUAUUGGGGUAGACAAUAAUUUUCUUGAUGGUCUCUUCCCGGAUUCCAUCGGCAAUCUUUCCAACAGCGUUAGACUAAUUUCUAUGUCAUCCAACACAAUGUAUGGAACCAUUCCUCCAAGUAUUGGCAAUCUCUUCAACUUGUCUUUUCUUGGCUUGUCAAACAAUUCACUUAGCGGCCAUGUUCCUUCUUGUAUUGGAGCACUCUAUAACUUGCGCAAUUUGUACUUAAGCAUUAACAUGCUAACGGGAGAGAUCCCAUCGUCAAUCGGCAAUUUGACAUUAUUGAGUCUCCUUUACCUAUCGUUCAACAACUUCUACGGGGAAAUACCGCAAAGCCUUGGUAACUGCAAGCAGCUAAUCGAGCUUGAGCUUUCAAACAAUAAUCUGAGUGGUCCAAUCUCAAGGGAGGUUCUUAGUCUUUCUACCAUUUUGAUUAUCUUCAACUUGGCACAUAACCAGUUGAGUGGAUCUCUUUCAUCUCAAGUUGGGUCCUUGACCGAUCUCUUGGAACUAGAUCUGUCUUAUAAUAAGCUGAUGGGACCAAUUCCUAGCUCCAUCAACGAGUGCUUGUUAUUGGGGCAUCUCAGCUUAGCAGUCAAUUCCUUUCAUGGUGAAAUACCUUCGGCUUUAGGCACAUUACAAGGCUUACAAGAGUUGGAUGUUUCCCAUAACGACUUAUCUGGUGAAAUCCCAAGCUUUCUUACUCAACUUAUAAAUCUAAAGUACUUAAAUCUAUCUUCAAACAAGCUUGAAGGAGAAGUUCCGAAGGAAGGAGUAUUUCUCAAUGCUAGUGCAGUGUUUGUCUUUGGGAAUAGGAAUCUCUGUGGAGAGCUUUCUAGAGCCAUAGAUGGAUUCACUAAGAACAAUGUGAUCGGUAAAGGAAGAUAUGGUACUAUUUAUAAAGGAAAUACAGAGGAAGGCAGUUGGUUGGGGUUAAAGUGCUCAACUUGGGCCAUAGAGGUGCUUUGA